AUGUACAAAUUAGAUACAAUUUGUCGGCCAACACGUACUAUUCAACCAUUAUCUUAUUCAAUUGAUACAAAUCAAACAUCAUUUGUUGGUAUAAAUGUUGUUGAUUCAGUUGAGUGUGUUAAUUCAACAUAUUCAAUUAAUUUUACAAAUACACAAUGUAGAUGUAUUACAUAUCCAUUUAAUAAUUUAACAUAUUGUCCAUGUACAUCAUUACAAACAUAUGCACCACUUGGACCAUAUUGUCAAGUACUUGGUACAACAUUUAAUGAAAAUGGUGGUGGUUAUGCUGUAUUUGAUGGAGAAUUUGUUUUUAAAUCUGGUUGUAUAAGAAAUGUUUUAUCAAAUGGUUAUUAUCUUGAUAAGAGUAAAGCAUUAGUAUCAGUAAAUUCUUAUUAUGGUCAAAGUUCGUGUACAUUGACAAAUCCAUAUACAACAACAACACGAACAUCAAUAACAACACCAACAACUACAGCUGGACGUGGUGUGUAUUUCGUGACAUUUCGAUUUAUUCAGAAGUUAGUUGCAGUAGUUUUCAUAAUGAACCUAAAUUAA